GCCGGGAAGGAUGUGAGUCCGCCGGCUGGAUAGACGCACCGGUCGAGCCGGGGCUGCGCGCGCAGGUUGGGCGAUGGCCACCAUGCUCUACCCCCGGGAGGAGAAGCUGGAGAAGAUGAGCCAGGAUGAGAUCGUGCUGGGCACCAAGGCCGUGGUGCAAGGCCUGGAGACGCUGCGCAGCGAGCACCACUCCCUCCUGGCCGCUUUGCUGGACACCGUCAGCCGCCUGGAACCACCGCCACAACAGCUGCCGCACGAAAGCAGCGCUGCCCAAGAGAAGGCCCUGCUCCUGAGGAAGUCCCUGGAGGCCAUCGAGCUGGGCCUCGGAGAAGCCCAGGUGAUCAUCGCCCUCUCCAGCCACCUGAGCGCCGUGGAAUCGGAGAAGCAGAAGCUCAGAGCUCAGGUGCGGCGCCUGGUGCAGGAAAACCAGUGGCUGCGGGACGAGUUGGCCGCCACCCAGCACAAGCUGCAGCGGAGCGAGCAGUCGGUGGCGCAGCUGGAAGAGGACAAGAAACACCUGGAAUUCAUGAACCAGAUUAAAAAGUUCGACGAGGACGUCUCCCCUUCGGAUGAGAAAAACGGCGAGGCAGCAAAAGAUACCUUGGACGAUCUAUUUCCUAACGAGGAUGACCAGGGUCCAGGGCCAACCCACCACAGCGGAGAGUCGGCAGCCCAGCAGGGCGGCUACGAGAUCCCGGCCCGUCUACGGACCUUGCACAAUCUGGUGAUCCAGUACGCUUCGCAGGGGCGCUACGAAGUGGCCGUCCCGCUCUGCAAGCAAGCUUUGGAGGACCUUGAGAAAACCUCGGGCCACGAUCACCCCGAUGUGGCGACAAUGCUGAAUAUUCUCGCACUGGUGUACAGAGACCAAAAUAAAUACAAGGAAGCCGCCCACCUUCUCAAUGAUGCUUUGGCUAUCCGGGAAAAGACCCUGGGAAAAGAUCACCCAGCUGUGGCUGCCACACUCAACAACUUGGCCGUCUUGUACGGGAAACGAGGAAAAUAUAAGGAAGCCGAACCUCUGUGCAAGAGGGCCCUGGAGAUUCGCGAGAAGGUGCUUGGAAAGUACCACCCCGAUGUAGCCAAACAGCUGAACAAUCUGGCCCUCCUUUGCCAAAACCAGGGGAAGUACGAGGAAGUCCAGUAUUAUUAUCAGCGGGCCCUAGAGAUCUAUGAAUCCCGCCUGGGCCCCGACAAUCCAAACGUAGCCAAGACGAAGAACAACCUGGCCUCUUCUUACAUCAAACAAGGAAAAUACAAGGAAGCCGAAACUCUCUACAAGGAGAUCCUGACCCAGGCGCACGAGAGGGAAUUCGGAUCGGUCAACGGUGACAAUAAACCCAUCUGGAUGCACGCCGAGGAACGGGAAGAAUGUAAGGAUAAGUACCGAGAAAACAGCGCCCCUUACAGAGAGUAUGGCAGCUGGUAUAAAGCCUGCAAGGUAGACAGCCUGACCGUCAACGCCACCCUAAAAAGUUUGGGAUCCCUAUAUCGGCGCCAGGGCAAAGUGGAAGCCGCCGAAACGCUGGAAGAAUGUGCCCAAAAGUCGCGUAAACAGGGCAUGGACGCUUUCAACCAAAGCAAAAUCGUGGAGCUUCUAAAGGACGGGAACCGUGCCGAACAGCGACCGAACCGCGACGGGGCUCCCGGCGCCAGGAAGUGCGAGAACGAGAAUGAAUCAGAAGAAGGCAUAGCUGAAUGGUCUGGGGUGGGCUCCGGAGCCCUGCGCCGCAGCGGCUCUUUCGGGAAACUGCGAGACGCUUUGCGACGGAGCAGCGAGAUGCUGGUUAAGAAGCUCCAAGGGAGCAGCCCCCAAGAACCGAGGAACCCUGGGAUUAAAAGGGCCAGUUCGCUCAACUUCCUGAACAAAAGCGUAGAAGAAGAGCCCAGCCAGGUCUCCGGCAACCUCUGCGACAGCCGAGCCUUAAGCUCCAGCAACGUCGACCUGCCACGCCGAAGGUCCCUGAUGGCGUGACGUGGGUGUCGUCCGUCCCCCCCAUCCCCCCACCCACCCACCCACCACUCUGUCUCGGGCUGGGUCGGGGGGCAGGUUCGGACAUCAGGACCACAUCGGGGCUGCUUCGAGCUUCUGCCUGGAGCCUCAUCCUCCGACAAUUCCCCACCCUGUUCAACAUUGCGCUCCCGCCAUCGCAGCCCGGAGGCAUAGCGGUACCUCACGUUUCCCCCCCACCUUCGCGGGCACCGCGGGCACCCCACAAGCACGCCAUAGCCCCCCACCCUCAUAUCCACAGUCUUCCUCCCCCACCUUCCCACCCCCCCAGCAUGCUGCCGCCGCAGUGCUCUGGCCACCUACUUCUUAAGUCCAGGUGAAGGCAGGGCGUCUCAGCGAUGCGUCGCCACAACACACCACGAACUGCAUUUUUGGGGUGCCAAGGGGGACACACACACACACACACACAAAGCUGCAUGAUUUGUCAAGGCCUCUUCCCGGGAAUGUGGCAGGCAAGGAGCU